AUGUGGAAGAGCUGCCUCCGGCUGCGGGGCGGGGGUCGCCACCUCCUGAACUGCCCCCGGGGUGGCCUCAGCGUCUCCGAGGGGCCGGGGCCAGAAUCCCCGGCCCACGCCCGGGCCUACGUGCCCCCGGCAGAAAGGAAGAGGUUCUAUCAGAAUGUCAGCAUCACACAGGGUGAAGGUGGCUUUGAGAUCAAUCUGGACCACAGGAAGCUGAGGACUCCGCAAGCCAAGCUCUUCACCGUCCCCAGCGAGGCCCUGGCCGUCGCUGUGGCCACUGAGUGGGACUCCCAGCAGGACACCAUCAAGACGUACACCAUGCACCUGACCACACUGUGCAACACGUCUCUAGACAACCCGACCCAGCGAGACAAGGACCAGCUCAUCAGGGCAGCCGCAAAGUUCCUGGACACUGACACCGUCUGGCCGCCUGCCCAUCACUUGUCCGCCGGGUCACAGAUGGCCCGACCUUGGCAUCCAGCGGCUGGCCUGCCCGUCUGCAUCCUCCCCGCACCCGGCUUCUUUAGCGGCUACAGGGUGGAAGAACCAGAGACGCUGGUGGAGCUGCAGAGGAACGAGUGGGACCCGGUCAUAGGCUGGGCCGAGAGGAGGUACGGCGUGAAGAUCGGCUCCUCCACCAGCAUCAUGGGGCCCAGCAUCCCAGCCCGGACUCGGGAGGUGCUGGUCAGCCACCUGGCCUCCUACAACAUGUGGGCCCUACAAGGGAUUGAGUUCGUGGUGAGUCAGCUCAAGUCCCUGGUGCUGACCUUGGGCCUGAUCGACUUGCACCUGACGGUGGAGCAGGCCGUGCUGCUGUCGCGCCUGGAGGAGGCGUUCCAGAUCCAGAAGUGGGGCAGCGUCGAGUGGGCCCACGAGUACGAGCUGCAGGACCUGCAGGCGCGCACGGCCGCCGGCGCCCUCUUCGUGCACCUCUGCUCCGAGAGCUCGGCCGUCAAGCACAAGCUGCUGUAGGGGAGACACGGGUUCGAGCCCUGAUCCGGGAAGAUCCCACAGCUACCGAGCCCGCAUGCCACAACUACUGAGCCCUCGUGCCUAGAGCCCGUGCUCCGCAACAAGAGAAGCCACGGCAAUGAGAAGCCCGCGUGCCGUGACGAA